AUGAGUAGCAACUACAACGUCACUCUGUCUGGCCCCGCUCCCUGGGGCUUCAGACUACAAGGUGGGAAAGACUUCAACCUGCCCCUCACCAUCUCAAGGCUGAGCGAUGGUGGGAAAGCGGCCAAAGGCGGCAUCGCUAUCGGAGACAUGGUAUUGUCCAUCGAUGGCGUCGCCACUGAAGGGAUGAACCACCUCGAGGCCCAGAACAAGAUCAAGAACUGCACAGGGAACCUCCGCCUCACCUUGCAGAAGGUCGCCAGUACUGCGAAGGCCCCUCCGGUGGCACCCAAGGUGAACCGAUGUGACAUCCUAAAACCCAUGGCCGUCACGCACACCCCUCCCCCGCCUGACAAAUCCCCCGGAAGCGGCGGGUCCGAGCCCUCCGCCUUCAUCCCGUCCCCGUGGUCUGCCUUCACCCCUGCCGUGGCCUCCUCGCAGCCUGGUGCCCUUUCCCCGCCCCACUCUUCUGUGUACAACACGGCCAUCCGCCUCUAUUCGGCCGAGAAUGCCUGCGAGGUGGCCGAGGGUCAAAGGCGAGGCCUGGUUGACGGUCAGGGCGGGCACACUUUCGACGGGCCUCCUCGUAGACACAUCGUAGAUACUGACAUCCACUUCUACCACGUGCCCACGCACGCCGAUGCCAGCCGCAAGCGCAUCAUGGAGGACACGGAGGAUUGGCGCCCACGCACCGGGACCACCCAAUCCAGAUCCUUCAGGAUUCUGGCUCAGAUUACGGGCACUGAGAACGCUCAAGAAGAAGAAGCGGACACAGCCAAGAAAACAAAUGAAGAAGAGCAAGAGCCUAGCAGCCACAAUUCAGCUUCUGUCAAGACCAUGAUCAAAUCACACCCAACAACCCAGGGUGUCAUUUCACAGUGUAGUUUAAUCAGCCCAUCGUUUGGCGUAAAGUCCAAUGGCGGCACGCCUGUGUGUCCCGCCCCUGUCCGCCCUGUGCCUGGGGCCCACCCUAAAGACCAGGACUCGCUGGUGCAAAUGGCUGAACACUACCCCGCUGGGACUCGCACACCCAUGUGCGCCCACUGCAAUAAGGUCAUUAGGGGCCCAUUUUUGUUAGCGAUGGGGAAAUCGUGGCAUAAAGAAGAAUUCAAUUGCGUCCACUGCCGCACCUCCCUUGCCGACAUCGGCUUCGUGGAAGAGCAAGGCAGCGUUUACUGCGAACACUGCUACGAAGAUUUCUUUGCGCCCACAUGUAGCCGCUGUCAGGCCAAGAUACUUGGCGAAGUGAUCAAUGCCCUGAAGCAGACUUGGCACGUCUAUUGCUUCCUGUGCGCCUCCUGUCAGCAGCCCAUCCGAAAUAACACCUUCCACCUGGAGGAUGGAGAGCCUUACUGUGAGCAAGACUUCUACAGUUUGUUUGGCACCAGUUGCCAUGGUUGCGAGUUUCCCAUAGAAGCGGGAGACAAGUUCCUGGAGGCCUUGGGCUACACGUGGCAUGACAACUGCUUCGUGUGCGGAGUGUGCUCCAUCAGUCUGGAGGGCCAAACCUUCUUCUCCAAGAAAGACAAACCUCUUUGCAAAAAACAUGCACAAACACUUAAAAUAUAA